GCCCGGCCGUGCGGCGGCCUUCAAGGCAGCCGCCAAGGCGGCCAUGCAUGGCAAGGCGGAUAGCAAGAAGAAACGCAAGAGCAGCUCGGACGGCCCUCGCAAGACGCGUGAACCCAGCAGCUCCAGUGCAAGCGUCAAACGCUCCAAGGCGAAGGAGAAAGUUUCAAAGGAGAAAGGAAGAAAGAGUUCAUCAUCACCCUCCAGGCGAAAGGACAAAGACAGCAAGGAGACAAAGGAGUCGAAGGACAAAGAUCAAAACAAAGAGAAAUCCAAGGAAUCCAAGGAGAAGGACGAGAAAGAGAAAGAGCGCCAAAAGGAGCGACGGCAAGACUUGACUUUGGUCGGCCGGGGUGUUUUUUCCCACUUUCCUCGGGGCUUAGUCUUCAACAAAUGGACGGAGCACUCGGCGGCACCGCCUGUCUCUGGUCGAGUCUUGCUGCGUGUGGUUGUGCACCGACGCCGUUGGGCCAUGGGCAUUGGCUUUGGAACAAAGGAUGUCACUGCGCGAGGAGAUCCAGAAUAUGAUCGAAGCUUCUUUGGUCUGUAUCAUGGUGGCGGCAGUAUCAACUGCUGUGCCCUGGGUCAGAGAUACUACAAGACCGCGCAAGAGGAGUGGCCUGAGAAUCGCUUGGCCAUUCUGAUUGACUCAGAUGCGCGAAGCAUGCAGUGUUUUUGUGGUCUACAACCCUUCGGUGAGCUGUUUGCAGAGCUACCCAAAGAAGUGGCGCUAUUGGUGAUCUCCCCCACCAGGGAGUUGGCGCUGCAAAUCCACCGGGAGGCUGAAAUGCUGCUGUCGACCCAUGAGAUCCCGUCGAUGUGCAUGAUCGGAGGAACGAGUACCCGUCAUGACCAGGUCUUGGUGAGAAGGAAGAAGCCACGGGUCUUGAUCGCAACUCCUGGACGUUUACUGGAGCAUCUUGAGAGGACUUACCUUUUUCCAACUCUCUUCGACAAGCUCCAAACAUUUGUCUUGGAUGAAGCAGAUCGACUGUUGAGCCUGGGAUUUCUGCCGGAGGUCAGGGAGAUCGUGUCCUACCUGCCAUCCAGGCGCCGCACGAUGCUCUUCUCGGCGACCAUGCCGGAAACGGUGAUGGACGUAAUUUCGAAGGCCUGCCGUGGUAACUACCGCUAUAUCGACUGCAUUGAAGAGGAGUCACAGUCUACAGCUUUGAUGGCCCAGCAGUUCUAUGUGGUGUUGCCCGGGCACCAAUGCCUGGCCGCGCUGUACAAUCUCAUCAUCAACGAAAUGGCAAGCAACAGGUACAACUACAAGAUUCUUGUCUUUUUUGCCACAGCACGGAUGACGACCUUCAUGGCACAGUUCUUCCGUCAGCAGCUCCGCAUUGGUGUCUAUGAGAUCCAUCGGCGACGUGAGGCCUUGAUGAAUAUGGAGUUCUGGGCGCCUCUGUCGCCAGAGGCGCAGGUUGGAGUCUUUGCUGUUCAGGUGCUGAUGAUGCUCUAUCUAUCGCUCAGCUUUUUGAACAAGCAAACGAUCUUGAAAGUUGCUUCGAUGGUCCGGAGUUGGCUCUUUUCUCGUGGACCAGAUUCGUCAGAUCCGCUGAGGAUCAAGAAACGAGUGAUCUUGAAAAUCCGCCAAGCUCUCGCGCCGUAUGUGCUCGCCUUGGUUUUGUGGCUGACAUCGCUCUUUUUCGCUGGCUUUGUCUACUCCGGCUGGGUGUUAUCCAACAGCCUUGGGGCGAAUUUCCAUUUCGAUCGCCAUGCGCUGGCUUGCGCGAUGAUGCUGCUGUGUCAAAGCAGCGGUGCGGCACUGCUCUGUGCCUUGAGAUGGAAGAAAGCGAACGGAGUGCUCUUGGAUCUUGGUUAUGGAAUGAUGAUGGUCUCUUUGAGCAUCACAACACUACCUGGUGUGUGUCCCGGAGAGAUCCUCACGGUCGUUGUUUGCUUGGUGUGGAUUGUUCGAUUGGCGCUGCUGCCACUGGCGAAUUCCAUGCUCUGGGUGAUGCUUGCAAAUCUGGGCUGCUCUAUUUGCAUGAGACUUCGCCUCCAGAGGCGAAUCUUAAACCAUCCAGGUGACUUGGGGACGGUGGCGGAGCAGUUGGUCACGGUAGAUUUGGCUGUCCUAUCAUUGUGCUGCGUCACUUGGUUAUGUGCACAGAUUGCCAUGGGUUACAAUGCAGAUCAACAGAUGGAGACGCAAGAACUGAAAGCAGAGAGCAAUGCUUGCGCCUCCCUGUUGGCCACCAUUUGUGAUGCUCAUUUCUUCUUGAACAAGCAGCUGAACUUCGAGCAGCACGAGCGCACCCUCUCGUCCAUUUUGGUGCAGUCGAGCCACACCAAGGAUCGGUCCUUUGCACAGUUCUUGGCAACGCCACAAGAUCAGGAACGUUUCGUGCGGACAGCUGAACUCGCCGGAGCCAACCACUCACCUUUGGCGCAGGUGAUGCACGUUGGAAUGCGGGACGGCCUUGGGAACGUGAUUCCAGUGCAGGUUUUUCACAUCGCACUUUUUGACUUAAAGGGCGAGGCAAGGCAUUUGGUUGGC